AUAAAUUUUCAAGAAACAUCAUUUCAAAAUGCAAUUGAACUCAAUAGAAAAGGAAUUAAAGUAUCCUUACCAUUGAGGGAAAUCCCUUCGAUUAAGAUGCUGGAAAAGAAGAUUGCAAUAAGUAAAACCA